AUGGGUUCUCACGCUGAUGCCCCGCCGUCCCGCGCGACGGAUGCUGUCCUCGUGGCCUCGGAAAACGUGCCGGAAGGUACUCCGCAGGUCAGCGGAAUCGAUUUCGACAAGUAUGCCGAUCGAGAUAUCACCGCUGCAGAAUUGUUGGAAAACAUGGCGGGAAUGGGCUUCCAGGCCUCCGCCGUCGCCGAAGCCGCAAGGAUCAUUAACGAGAUGAUCGCAUGGCGGGACCCAAAGACAGGGAAAGGCACGACGAUCUUCCUCGGAUACACCUCCAAUCUGAUAUCGUCAGGUCUGCGAGAGACUCUCCGCUACCUCGUUCAACACAAGCACGUUUCAGCCAUCGUAACGACGGCCGGCGGCGUUGAAGAGGACUUUAUCAAAUGCCUCGCUCCGACGUACCUAGGCUCCUUCACCAUGAAGGGCGCUCCGCUUCGCGAGAGGGGGAUGAAUCGAAUCGGAAACCUGAUCGUGCCCAACAACAACUACUGUCUGUUCGAAGACUGGGUGAUGCCCAUACUGAAUAAAAUGCUGGAGGAGCAGGAAGCGUCGAAGAGUACGGACGAGCCUCUGCACUGGACGCCAAGCAAGGUCAUUCAUCGCCUGGGGAAGGAGAUCAACAACGAAGAAUCCGUCUACUACUGGGCUUACAAGAAUGAUAUUCCCGUCUUUUGCCCGGCGUUGACCGAUGGGAGUCUUGGUGAUAUGUUGUAUUUUCAUACUUUCUCCGCUGCCCCGGCACAACUGCGGAUCGAUAUCGUUGAGGACAUACGGAGGAUCAAUUCCAUGUCUACAUUUGCUGAACGGGCGGGAAUGAUUAUCCUUGGUGGGGGAUUGGUCAAACAUCACAUCGCCAAUGCUUGCCUGAUGCGUAACGGUGCCGAGAGUGCUGUGUACAUCAACACCGCGCAGGAGUUCGAUGGGAGCGAUGCUGGCGCACGGCCGGAUGAGGCUGUGAGCUGGGGAAAGAUCAAAGCGGAUGCGCAGAGCGUAAAGGUUUACGCGGAGGCAACUGCCGUCUUCCCUCUUAUCGUAGCCGCUACCUUUGCGAAGGUGAACAAACAAGUUAUCAAAUGA